AUGUCUAAAGCGACAUUUCCUCCUGCGGUAGCUUCUGCAAAGAAGCUUUGUACUACCCAAUAUUCAUCUUGGUGGGAGAGAUCCUAUGGAAUGUUUCUUGAGGAUAAUUUGGAUGUUAUGGUGGAGAAAGCUGGGUUAAAAUUUGUUACCCUUUUAGAAGACAAAAGUCAAGCUAUUGAGAAGACACCUUCAAAAGUUAAGACACCACUUGCUCCCCAACAUCAAAGUAAGAAGCUUAACUCCUUUAAGGCAUCUAAGAAACAAGUAGUUCAUACUUCUACUGAAAAAGAAAAAUGUCCCCAAUUUCUCUUCUCUAGUAAACGGGCCUUUCAAGAAACAAACAAAACUAGCAAGGAUCGAUGUUGGAAGAGUCAAAGGGUUGAACCAUCUGGGGCUAAAGUGGUUGAUUUAAGAGUUGUAGAAGUCCAAAGUGUCGAUAGUCCUUCAAGAUCAUUGACAAUUCAGAGUGACAAGAUUUUCUUUCCUUUUUUUUUACUAGGAUCGCCACGUGAAAGGCUACAAUUUAGCGAUGAGACUUCUGCAAUAUCAAGACCUAAGGCAAAAUCAAUUUCAAAUACCAAGCAAGAACAAAAGACGUCAUCUACUUCUCGUAGCCAAACUUUAAAAGGGUUGACUUCUAAUUCCAAUGAGCUUUCUCGAGUUUUCCCAAAGAGUAAUGGAGCUAUGUCUGUCUACGAAGGGAAAGGUGUUGUGUUCAACCACAAAAGGAAGUACAUCUUGGGUAUUUGGGAAGAGAUUUGUGGAAAACUUUCCAAAACUUCUCUAGACAAUAUUUCAUCUUAG